AUGAAGCACCUUUCCUUCUAUACGAGCACUGUUGUGUUAGCAGCGAUCCCCUUGACCGCCGUCUUUGCACAUCCGACUUGGAUUGUUGGGCAAACCGUUCGAACCACCAGUGGCCCCGUUGACGGACACGCUGCAUCCGUUGCUUCUGGGGUAUCGGAAUAUCUCGGUAUCCCUUAUGCUCAGCCGCCAGUGGGAGGGCUUCGAUUCCAACCCCCGGUCCGGUACAAGGGGACUCGAAAGCUCAAUGGAAAGGACUUCGGGCUUGCGUGCUAUCCUUCCAACAUCACGGGCUAUGACGCGGAUUUCCCCAAGGAACUGGUUGAGCAGUAUGGUAUCACAGACGUAGGGCUCAAAAUCAUCGAGUCCAUCCUAAAUCCGGGACUCCCAGUUGGCGAGGAUUGUCUCACUCUCAAUAUUUGGACCAAACCGCAGACCGGCACCAAGCGCAAGGCGGUGAUGGUUUAUGUUCACGGCGGAUCGUUUGUUUCUGGAAGCUCAGCGGAGCGCGUGUACAAUGGCCAAUUCUUUGCUGACCAAGAAGACGUCGUUUUUAUCACGAUCAACUAUCGACUCAGCAUUUUCGGUUUCCCCGGCAGCCCUGACCUGACGCAGAACCUCGGCUUGCUCGACCAGCGUCUAGCACUCGAAUGGGUGCGGGACAACAUCGCCUCCUUUGGCGGCGACCCCUCACGCAUCACUCUAGUCGGUGAGUCGGCAGGCAGCGCAUCCGUCGACCACCACACCUUCGCCUGGGCCAAUGACCCGAUCGUUUCAGGCGUGAUUCUCAUGUCCGGGACGGCCAGAGGUAUUGCCCCAAGAACACCCGAAGCCGGGGCCGCGUCCUGGUACAACACAACCUCCUUGCUAGGCUGCGGCGACGCCACAAGCAUCACCUCACCCGAAGACCUCCUCCGCUGCAUGCAAGCCGUACCGGCAGCUUCCAUCAUCAAGACACUAGUCAGCACUCUCAACAGCCCCACCAGCUCCCCCUACUCACCGACCAUCGACAACCAGCUGGUAUUUGCAGACCCCUCCACCCGCCGCGCGGCAAAGGUGGCCAUGCUGGUGGGCAACACGGACAACGAGAUGGCCUUGAUGCGCGUGCUUACCGCAAACGACCCGGGCGAUGCCCUCGUGCACGAGCUGAGCCAAGUCACGUUUGUGUGCCCGGCCGCGGCGCGCGCGGCCCGCUCCGCCCGCGAAGGGAACCCGACCUGGCGCUACCGCUGGCAUGGCGUGUUCCCCAACACCCAACUCGCCACGCGCCCCGGGCCCAGUGGUGCGUAUCACUACUCGGAGGUGCCGGUUGUGUUUGGCAACGUCGACCAGAGUUUGGUGAAGAAUACCAGGGCAGAGGAGAGGGUGAGUGGGUUUGUGCGAGGAGCGUGGGCGGCGUUUGCGAGGGAUCCCGUGAAAGGACUGCUGAGAUAUGGCGGUGAGGGUGGGUGGCCGAGGUAUGUGGAGCAUGAGAGGACGUUGGCGAGGAUUGGGUGGGAGAAUAGGACGGGGCUGAAUUUGGAGGUCGGGAACCGGUAUGAUCAGGGGUGUACGGAGGAGGGGAGUACUUGAGGAGUGUAAGAUUUUAGAAGGGCUGUUGCUGGAGAAGCUGAUUUAUGAAGACGAAUUGAGGUAGGUAGGUAGGUAGCUUGUAAACUAAGAAAAGGGGGCGGGGAUGGGU